AUGUACCCUAAGUCACAAGGAUUUGAUAUCGAUUUCAGAAGCUGGUAUGUUGAUCAAGAAGAUUUUCUAGCAAAGUUUUGGGCAUCAAAAAGAGAGAUUCAAGAAGAAUGGCAGAUUGAUUUGAGUAACUUGGAUAUCAAGAAUGUUGUUGCUAAUGGUGCAUAUGGUACUCUUUACAAAGGUGUUUAUAAUGGUCGUGAAGUCGCGAUGAAGAUAUUAGGCAAUGUUGAGGAUGGUCAUACAACAACUGCUGAGGCUUUCGCUCUUCUCCAAUCCUUUUAUCGACAAGUUGCGGUCAUGCAACACCUAAGCCAUCCAAAUGUCAUACAGUUUCAUGGAGCUUCGGUGGGAAUUUCGGGUCUCAAGAUUCCAUCUAAGGAAAAUUCAAUGGAACCUUCACCAUCUAAAGCGUGUUGUGUGGUGCUCGAGUAUAUUCCAGGCGAGACGCUUAGGAAACACUUGAUCAGAAAUUCUAGAAACAAACUGACUAGAAGGAAGGCUUUUAAACUUGCUCUUGAUCUUGCUAGAGGAUUGAGCUACCUUCACUCCAAAAACAUUGUACACCGUAAUUUUACAACUGAAAAUAUAUUGUUAGAUAUAUAUGGAAGGCCUAAAAUUGCCGGUUUUAGACUGGCUCGUUUUGAAGCUCAAAAUCAUAGAGACAAGACAGGGGAUGUUGGAACUCCUGGUUACAUUGCACCCGAGGUUCUUGAAGGAAAAUCGUAUAAUAGAAAGUGUGACAUUUAUAGUUUCGGCAUAUGCGUAUGGGAAAUCUUUAGUUGCGACACACCUUAUGCCGAUCUUCGCUCUAGUGAAGUUUUAUCAUCAGUGGUUCAACAGAAAUUAAGGCCAAAGUUUUCAAAGAAUUGUCCAAGCUGGUUAGCGAGUAUUAUAAAGAAAUGCUGGGAUGAGGAUUCGGAAAAGAGACCUGAGAUGAAGGAGGUGGUGGAGAUGUUAGAAACACUUUUGGAGGAAGACGAAGAUAACGAUUGGUGGCGCUUCACACCAACAAUUAGAGGGAGUUUCACACCAGGUUAUCCGUACAUGCACUACUAGCUAGCAGAGAGAAAAUUUCCUACCAGCGUCAUUUAUUUUGAAAGAAUUAUUAGAACUCUUUUAUAAUUAUUAAUAACGCA